GGGAGGCAGAAACUGGAGAGGUCAAAGCUAAGAUGGUACCCAAAGGAGAGUUAGAUGCUGAAGAAGCAGAAGCUGAGGUGACACUUAAGGGGAAAGCAGAAACUGGAGAGGUCAAAGCUAAGGUGGUACCUAAAGGGGAGUUAGGUGCUGAAGAAGCAGAAGCUGAGGUGGUACCUAAAGGGGAGUUAGGUGCUGAAGAAGCAGAAGCUGAGGUGACACUUGAACGGGAAGCAGAAACUGGACAGGUCAAAGCUAAGGUGAUACCUGAAGGAGAGUUAAAUGCUGAAGAAGCAGAAGCUGAGGUGACAUUUAAAUGGAAAACAGAAAGUGGACAGGUUAAAGCUAAGAUGGCACCUAAAGGGGAGUUAGAUGCAGAAGAAGCAGAAGCUGAGGUGACAUUUAAAUGGAAAGCAGAAACUGGAGAAGUUAAAGCUAAGAUGGCACCUAAAGGGGAGUUAGAUGCUGAAGAAGCAGAAGCUGAGGUGACACUUAAAUGGAAAGCAGAAACUGGAGAGGUUAAAGCUGUGGUGGCUCCUAAAGGGGAGUUAGAUGCUGAAGAAGCAGAAGCUGAGGUUACAAUUACAUGGAAAGCAGAAGCUGGACGGGUCAAAGCUAAGGUGGUACCUAAAGGGGAGUUAGAAGCUGAAGAAGCAGAAGCUGAGGAGUCUCUUAGAAGGGAUGCGGAAACUGGACAGGUCAAAGCUAGCAUGGUACGUAAAGGGGAGUUAAAUGUUGAAGAAGCAGAAGCUGAGAUGAUACUUAAGGGGAAAGCAGAAACUAUAGAGGCAGAAUCUGAUAUGAUAGCUGAAAGGGAAUUAGAAGUCGAAGGUGCAGAACCUGAGGGGACACUUAAAAAGAAAAUGGAAGGCAAGGUAGCACUUAAACAGAAAGCAGAAACUGUAAAGGCAGAGGCUGAUGUGAUAUCUGAAGGGGAAUUAGAAGUUGAAGAAUCAGAAGCUGAGGUGACACUUAAAGGGAAGGCAGGAGAGAAAGCACUUAAAGGGAAGGGAGAAAUUAUAGAGGAAGAGGCUGAUGUAAUACCUAAAGGGAAAUUAGAACUCAAAGAGGCAGAAGCUGAGGGGACACUUAAAAGAGAAGCAGAAACUGGACAGGUCAAAGCUAAGGUGGUACCUAAAGGGGAGUUAGGUGCUGAAGAAGCAGAAGCUGAGGUGGCACUUAAAAUGGAGGCAGAAACUGGACAGGUCAGGGCUAAGGUGGUACCCAAAGGAGAGUUAGAGGCUGAAGAAGCAGAAGCUGAGGUGACACUUAAGGGGAAAGCAGAAAUCGUAGAGGCAGAGUCUGAUAUAAUAGCUGCAAGGGAAUUAGAAGUCGAAGAGGCAAAAGCUGAGAGGACAAUUAAAAAGAAGGCAGAAGGCAAGGUUAAAUGGAAGGCAGAAACUGUAAAAGCAGAGGCUGAGGUAGCACAUGAAGAGGAGGCAGAAGCUAAAGAGACGGAAGAUUCAGAAGCAGAGGGAGAAGUGGUUUCUGUGGUCAGAGGAUCUCUGACAGAAACCAUCAUUGGAGAGCAAAGGUUAGUGAGAGAAGAGAUUAUAGCAGAAGUGAAACGAAAAGAAGCAUUUGUUGGAGGAGAUAAUAAAAAGCAGGGGAUGAAUCAUGAAGCUGGUCUCCAAUUUGAAGUAUCUGAUGAGACUGAAACAAGGGAAACAUUUCUUUACAUGGAAGUGCAGGAGGAAGUCAUAGCUCCUGAAGAAGAGAAGGAAGACGAUGACUCAGACACAAGAGAAGAGGUGCUAAAAGAAGGAAUGAUAACACUUGCAGAUGUAGAAGAAGCUCUGUUAAUAGGGAUUCAGCAAUUGAUAACAGAAGUAUCACAGAUCAAUGAAAAAGUGGAAGAUAAAGAAGAACCUCCAGUGGGAAGAUCAGCAGAAGAAGCAUUGACUCAGGAGGGUGCUGUGAUGGAAGAUUUUUUUGCUGUUGUAGUAGCAGAAAAAAGGGAGAUCACUGAGAUUGCUAAAGCUGAGGAAGAAGGAAUAGGGGAGCCUUUGGAAGAAAUCCCUUCCGAAGAAAAAGAUGGAAAUACAAGCAGUGAAAUAGAAUUGCAGGAGACUACAGAUGAAACUAUCGCAAUGACAAAUACCAUUCUUUGGAGCUCCCAGCAAUAUGAAAGAGAGUAUUACCAAGAUCCUACUGGAUCUGCUUUGGAAGAAAAAGAUGGAAAUAUAAGAAGUGAAAUAGAAUUGCAGGAGACUACAGAUGAAACUAUCACAACGACAAAUACCAUUCUCUGGAGCUCCCAGCAGUAUGAAAGAGAGUAUUACCAAGAUCCUACUGGAUCUGGUUCGGAAGAAAAAGAUGGAAAUAUAAGCAGUGAAACAGAAUUGCAGGAGACUACA